CAAUGGGCAUGUGUACAUCGCAGCAACCGAAAAAACCUAAACCUCUUAUUAGACUCAUUAAAAUUAAAAUGGAGACUUGUCAUAAAUCAAAGGACAUCGAAGAAGCCAUUCAAAUAUGGAACAAAAUCAAUCGAGUUAUUUAAUAAUUGAAAUCUACAUCUAAAAUUCCUGAUGAUUUAAGAGAAGAUGCAAACAAAAUCAAUAAAUUCCUUAAAUCCCAUCGAAACCCAAAGUUUCUUGAAACUUUCUUUUCCUACUAUGACUAAUUUCAAUAUAAACUAAAUGAACAAAUCAAUUAAAAUUAAGAAUUAUGGAUUCAAUUCGAAAGUAUCUUCAGCAACUUAGACUUGCUGAAUGACAAAUUCACUGAGUUAGGAUAUAAAUCUCAUCUCGGAUGUACUUAAUCCUUAACUAAAUAUAAUUGA